UUGGAAGAAGUCCCGGCUGUCCUAAACCGCUAUUGUCCACAUGAAAGUGAAGGCUCUGACCUCGUUCCACAGGUCAACAACAGUCCAUUUAAAACCAGUGGAGCGUGUAUAACACAUCCGUGCAAUUCAGUGAAAUGAAGCAGUUGGAGACAGUAAAGACAGGUUUACCUUUCACACAAAGAUGAGGAAAGUGGGUUACCUCCAGAGAGUCGCACCUUUAGCUGGGUGUGGAGGAACUCAGUGUCUGCCUAUAAAGCACUGUGGCUCCGUACUUACACUUAUAUAGUUAGUUACCUUUAGUAAACCAACGCCACGAUGCUGACUUCUUUCCAGCUGAUGACUUUGCUUUUUUGGACAAGCAUUAGCUCGGCUGAUGCAGAGAAACUCUACCAUAACCGGGAUCAUUCGGAUGUGCAGACCCUCAAUCCUCACCAAGCUGACAUCAUAUCAAACAAAUACACAGCAGAGCUAUUUCUCUCGAGAUAUGGAUUCAUCAAGCCAGUGAACUGGGAGGAGGUGCAGUUUGAAGAUUCAGACUCCUCUUUUUACGAUGACUUCUCGGGUGACCUUCAGGACGUGAUCCAGGAGGGAACCUCACAUCACUCACGAGACGCUCCUGAGGACGGCGACCGCGAUGACCACGACAGUCUAACCGAGAGCCGGGUGUUUAUCUCGGCUCUUCAAGAGUUCCAGAGGGUAUCGGGUCUUCCUGCCACAGGCGUGUUUGAUGAGGCCACCAAGGUGGCGAUGAACAAACCGAGGUGCGGAGUCCCUGACAAGGAGAUCCAACCGGACGCCCCUGCAGCACCCGAGAACAACAGCGCCUUCGAUACUGAAAGCAGUGGAAGUGACACUUUAAGCAAGACCGACAGUAACACAUUAAAUAAUAUAAUCGCCGACACUUCUUCUUUUGUCCCUGCUAACCCCCCUGAAGAUGACACAUUCAAUGUUAAUGACACAGAAAGUGUUCUCACAGGCAAUUCUAAUGACACUGGCAGCAAUUACACGGACGGCUUGAGCUCAUACGAUCACAUUUUAAAUAACACUUCUCUAAACAGUGGAGCGGUAAAUAUCAGCGUGAACGCCCGUCAGAGCGAAGCAGUGCGACGCAGGAAACGCCACCUCGCCACUCUCGUGGCCAAAAGCAGGCACAGGAGAGAUCUGAGUGAGAGCGGUUACAUGGCCUUUUCCAAGAGGGUGUUGAAAUGGAGGCUGAUAGGAGAAGGAUACAGCAGUCAGCUGUCCAUUGAGGACCAGAGGUACAUCUUCAGGCUGGCCUUCAGGAUGUGGAGCGAGGUGUCUCCCCUGGAGUUUAUGGAGGAUAUGCGUUCUCCACUGGAGGAUGUCGAUAUCAGGCUGGGCUUUGGCACAGGAAGGCAUCUGGGUUGCAACCAGAGGUUUGAUGGCACUGGACAAGAAUUUGCCCACGCCUGGUUCCUGGGCGAUAUACACUUUGAUGACGACGAACAUUUCACCGGCCCCAACGCGGGCAGCGGAAUCAGUCUUCUCAAAGUAGCAGUUCAUGAGAUCGGCCAUGUUCUGGGUCUCCCCCACAUCUACAGAGCUGGCUCUAUAAUGCAGCCCAGCUAUCUGCCCCAGGAGUCCCGCUUUGAGAUGGACUGGAUGGACAGGAAGGCCAUACAGCACCUCUACGGAGUCUGUAAGGGCCGAUUCACCACAGCAUUCGACUGGAUCAGGAAGGAGAAGACGCCCUACGGGGAGGUGGCCAUCCGCUUCAACACCUAUUUCAUGAGAGACGGCUCGUACUGGCUGUAUGAGAACAGAAAUAACCGAACACGCUUCGGAGAUCCCGUUGCCCUGCAGACUGGCUGGCGUGGGAUUCCCAUGAACGGCGUGGAUGCGUAUGUGCAUGUGUGGUCCCGAAAAAAAGAUGCCGUUUACUUCUUUAAAGGUGCUCAGUUCUGGAGGUACGACAAUGAGAAUGACCGGGCGUUCAGACAGGACCCUGAAGGUCACCGCUAUCCGAGGCUGAUCUCAGAAGGUUUCCCAGGCGUGUUCAGUCCCAUUGACACAGCCUUCUAUGACAGGAGGGACUCUCGCAUCUACUUCUUCAAAAACACUCUUGUGUACGCGUUUGACGUGGAAGCCAACCGCUUGGCACGAGGCUUCCCCAAAAACAUCAGAGCUGUUUUCCCUCCAGUGGUGAGCGGAGACCAUCCAGAUGGCAACAUUGAUGCGUCAUACUUCUCCUACACCCACAAUGCCGUCUUCCUCCUCAAGGGCGCGCGCUUCUGGCAGGUGUUGGGAAGCCGAGAUCGCUGGCGCCGGCCCUUUCUGCCACGAAAUGGCCUGCUGCCACACAAGGAGUUGGCCGAGCACUGGUUCGACAUCUGCAACGUUCAUCCCACCGCUCUGAAACUAAGCCGCUGAGGCAGAGAUUCAUCAAACCCUACUGAUGUGAGCUGAUAUGGACUGCUGGUUCACCUGUGCUGGUGGAUGUAUUCAUGUUGUCAUAUGCGUGUAGACAUCUUCUACUUUAAAGUCACAUUAUGCAACAAUUGUACCUUAAAAUAACAGCUUGAAAAAAAAUUGUGCCGCUACAAUGACUUUUAAUAUGGCGAUUUGCGCCUCCGCCAUUGCCAUCGGGGGUCUGUGGGGAAAUAACUCCGCUAUGUAGGAUUCUGGGGCCGCCCGAUCCGGGGCGGAUGUACUUCGACCUGCUUUCUGGCAGUGAUUACGCAAUGUCAUAUAGUGCCAGUCCACGCUCGCAGUAUAAGGGCGAAGCAAGCGAAGUCUCUUGUCAUGAAUUACACGUUCCAAUGUAAAUUAUGAAUAUGUAGCUUUUUGGUGAUGUCAACAAUAUUGUAUUCGAUCACACGUACUCCACAUUCAAACAUUUAGAAAACAACGUAUAUUGGCUGAAAACGCGAUCGGUAUUUCAUCUAAACUAAAUGUUGUCAUUCUUUUGGUUAUGUUAGCAUUCAUCUCCGAUAUCACAAUGAAUAAAACUAUGCAGUCAUAUUUAUGUAAAAUCUUUGAAUAUUCUUACCUUAUCGGUUGACAUCAUUUCUUGGUUUCUGACUUCGUCUGGUCAUCAAUACAAGUAUAUGCGAGGCUGCAUCUAUCGUAACUGGGUAUUUACGACACUGAAGUAAACGUUAAAUACCUCCAAAACUGAAGGGGGCGCUAAAAGGGAAAAACUCCACAAUGGGGCUUUAAAACAAUAUGUAUUUAUCUGUAUUUUAUGUCUGUUUUAAUGAGGCGUGUUAUUCAUGUGUCAUCGGUUGUGUCUGUCUUUCCCUCAGAGGUGCCAAAUGCAUACUGCCAUGAAAACUAUCAUUUGUCAUAAUAUACUUAUUUCUGGAUUGUUUUUACACAGACGCCUCAUUUUUAUUCACACUGUUGAAAAAUUGCUUUCAAAUGGCACACUUACAACAAAAAAGGGGAUGUUUAUGCAAGAACAUGUGAAAUAAUGUCAAACCUCACAAUAUACUUAUUGAGAAAUAUAGAGUGACACAUUGGACCCAUGUCCUUUGA